AUGGCGCAACCAUUCCUACUCUCCCUUCCCCGUCGGGGACUUACACCCUCCCCCCGUCUCAGCCUCACCUCCCCAUCCAGAACCAUCGCCUCGUGCUCCCGCUUCACUCCGACAAGACCGCAACACCACUACCAACCACACCAACCACAACAACCACAACUUCUCCAAAGAAACUACCACUCCGAAAACCAUCCCUCCACACCCCCACAAGAAAACGAAUACUCCAACUCCCAACUCACCAUCCUCUCCGCCGCACUCGCCCAUGUUCCCCGCCACGGCUUCUCCCGCGAUGCUCUGAUCCUAGGCGCGCGCGACUCCGGAUUCCUCGAUGUCUCGGUGCAACUCUUACCGCGCGGAGAAUUUGAUCUUGUGCUGUUUUGGUUAGCGAGUAGGCGGGGGUUGUUGAGAGAUGUUGCCGAGAAGUUGAAGGGGAAGGAGAUGGGGGUGGAGAAGAAGGUGAGGUGUCUGGUUAUGGAGAGGUUGAGGAUGAAUGAAAUGGUUAAGACGGAGUGGCAGGGUGUAAGUUCUUGUCCAUCAUUCUCAUAUAAUAAAUCGGUUAUCGGUUGUGGGGAGGUGGUGCUAACUGAUAUAUUAUGUAGGCGCUGGCACUUAUGUCCCUCGCUGGAAAUAUCCCCCUCUCCCUCUCCGAACUUCACGCCCUCUCGUCUGAUAUCUUGA